UGAAAUUCCAAAAGAUAUUUUGGCCAAAUCCCCGAAAUCUAAUAAACUACUCUCUUUAUAUAUAGGAACCAUAGGGAGUUUGUGUUCAUUUAAUCUCAGAAUUAAUUCUAUUUCUGAGACAGAGACGGUCCUGGACAGAGCAAUGGCUCGCUCUCACCGGAAGAAGCGAAGUUUCGCUCAUUUUGGAGCGAUUUACUUGAAGAGAGCUGCAUCUUCACUUCUUGCUUUGGGAGCAACCAUCCUACUUGACACUACGAUCAUUACGAUUGUACACUCCAUGUCCAACUACGGUUUAGGCUUGAUGAAGCAAACUGAGGGAUUAUUUUGGGAGAAGAGGCCUGGGGCUCUUAUGAUAUGUUUUGGCAGCAAUGUAUUGUCGUACUCGAUUGCCUUAACUUUCUUCUUGGCUGCAACAAUGCUUUACAAGUAUGUGUCGCGGCUCUCACUGAAGGCCAUCGAGAAGAAGUUCUCGCUGCCCCUAUGGAUCUGGCGCACUGUUGCAUUGUAUCUGAUCAGUGAAUUGAAAGGUGAAGUUGAAAACAAUCGAAGCUCAUCUGAGGUAGAAGUGGCCCAAUUUCAACAACACAGAACUUGUGAGCUCAAACGAGAGUGCAGUAAAGAUGAUAACAAAGAAAGCCUGUCCGGGCUAGGAGACUGCAUAGAGGAAGAAGAAGAAAGAAGCAAAGAGGAGUUGGUAAGGAUGACAAUGGCACAUCGAUGUAUAGAGGAGAAGUCUCAUGCCCUAAACGGGAGGCUGGACAGGAUUAUCGAACUCUCCACGAAGUGCCGCCGAACCUUGAAUGAGGAGCCACGCUCUAAGCCCCAUGGAUCAGAUUGCUGCAGCAGCUGCCGGGAAAAGGAUGAGCUCAUCCGCACAUUGCAGAACAGGAAUUACAACCUGGACACAGCUCUCGAGAAAGAGGAACUGACAACCGAGAUAUUGUCGGCUCACUUGCAUGCGUUCAAGAGGAGGAACACUGAUCUACUGGCUAGGACACAUCCCUGUUGUUGCCAUGAGAAGGAUGAGGCCAUCUGGGCACUCGAGGAGAAUAAUGCCCAUCUAAGAGAACUGCUCGUGCUCAUACAAGACUCCAGCAUGGUGGAAUUCCUGCAUCAGUCAGAGGAGCAGGAUGAGCUCAUCGCAAAGCUCGAAUCCGCACAGGCGAAAUGCGAGUUUUACAGAAGCUGCAUUGAUGAGAUGGUCCAGGGGCGUUGAAUUUUUCACUGACUUUCUAGUUCCAUUGGGUCUAUUUUCUAGUUUUCUUGUUUCAGGUGAACACCACCAAACCAGAGAAGGCGGGGUGCUCUGUAGAAACCUUCGAUUUGCCAAAAAAAUAUGAACAGUCUGCUUGGUAGGUUUAUGCAUGACCAAACUACAGGGAUUGGAUCGAUCCGCUAAUGAUACAAUACGUGAAUACAUUAAA